UCUUCCGCCUUGCCACGGAAUGAGCCGGCCAUGAGGAAGGACCCCGCUGCGUGCCCUUGGUCUCACAGUGUCGGAGAUGGUGAAUUAGCUGCUUUGGGAGGGCUGAAAUUUUUACGCAAGCUCACGCUUGCUCACUUACCUGGAGUGCUGAAGGGAACAGGGUUGAUUGAGCUUGUUCAGGGGUGCAGGGAACUUCAGUCAUUAUCGCUGGCAAAUCUCGGAUCCUUAAAGAUGAUGAACUACACUCAGGCCCUGCUGGAGACUCUCACGUAUUGCACACAACUCAGGAACUUAAGGUUGGAGCAGCCCUACUUUAAUGGGAGCGCUGCAUUUUUUGAAGUGCUCAGUAAGUGUCAGCAGCUGCGACGUCUGUGUCUAGUUUCUCGACAGGGAACCUUCCAGCCCUCCGCUGUGACAGCUUUCAUGCAGAGCUGUGUUGAUGUCAUCAUGUGCCACAUGUUCAUGAAUGGGACACUUGUUACCUGUAAAAUGCUGCAGAAAACCCUGCUGGACAGUCUUUCAUCAUCUCGUCCUGCUCUUAGUGUGGUGAUUUACCCUUUACUACAUGAGGACCUGGACAAUGUGAUCAGGGGUAUGCCACUGUGCCAUCUGGACGAGAUCACACUUUUCAAAAGCAGAGUUGCUGAAGAGCCAAUGAAACUGUGACUGAGAAAACAAAAGAGCUAAAAAACAUUUGGUGCUUUUACUUGGGUAAUGCACGGACAGUGCUAUUAUCUAAUGCCGAUGUCAUUUUGCUUAAAAAAAGUCUUUCAGUGGAUUCCAGGAAUAUUUUUACCCAUGUGUUGGCUUGAGAGAUAUUUUUGCCAAGCGGACAAUCACAAGGUCAUUGUUUUCCAGAAAGCCAGUAUGAAGAAAACUCUGCAUCGAUGUGAAAUGUCAUCUUUGUGAAUGUGCCAAAAUUAAAUCCACUUUAUA